AUGGAAGAGACUGCUGCUAUGAAGACCAAGGUGAGUGACCUAGAAGCUGGACUUCACCAUUGUAUCGUCUCUCUAGAAGUAGAGCCCCCUUCCAUGAUGUCAGAUUUAUUCAACAUUUAUGAGGAAGAGAGGGAGAAGGUUAAAGAGAUGGCCUCUAAAAUCGAAAGAUCUGACAAGGAAAUCAAUGACCUUAGGAAUAUGGUUGUCGAUCUUCAGACCAAGGUUGUCGAACUACUAGGUGUUCAUCGAAAGAUUUACCAGCUCUGA